AUGCCUCACGGGAGCACGUGCAGGUGCACGGGGCAGUCACGCGGCGCACGCGGCCUGCGCGCCAAACGCCUGCUCCGCGCCUGCUCUCCGUGCGCCGCCCGCGCCCUGCGCACCCACUGCCCACGGCAGCCGUGUGCCACUCGUGUGCUGCGCACCCACUGCCCGCCACAGCCGUGUGCCACUCGUGUGCUGCGCACCCACUGCCCGCCGCAGCCGUGUGCCACUCGUGUGCUGCGCACCCACUGCCCGCCACAGCCGUGUGCCACUCGUGUGCUGCGCACCCACUGCCCACGGCAGCCGUGUGCCACUCGUGCUGCGCACCCACUGCCCGCCACAGCCGUGUGCCACUCGUGUGCUGCGCACCCACUGCCCACAGCAGCCGUGUGCCACUCGUGUGCUGCGCACCCACUGCCCGCGACAGCCGUGUGCCACUCGUGCUGCGCACCCACUGCCCGCGACAGCCGUGUGCCGCUCGUGUGCUGCGCACCCACUGCCCGCGACAGCCGUGUGCCGCUCGUGUGCUGCGCACCCACUGCCCGCGACAGCCGUGUGCCGCUCGUGUGCUGCGCACCCACUGCCCCCGACAGCCGUGUGCCACUCGUGUGCUGCGCACCCACUGCCCGCCACAGCCGUGUGCCACUCGUGUGCUGCGCACCCACUGCCCACGGCAGCCGUGUGCCGCUCGUGUGCUGCAGAGCCACAUCCAGCCUGGCCUUAAAAACGUCCAGGGAUGGGGCUUCUAUCACCUCGCUGCGCAACCUGUUCCAGGCUCUCACCACCCUCCUGCUGAAGAUAGUUCUUCCUAGUGUCUAA